AUGAAAAUACGCAGAUUUUGCCACACCAUAUGUCAAGGAACGCGGGGGACGGAGGCGGCCAAUCGUCUACGCGGAUGCAGCGACGCCGAGGCUUGGGUGGAACUGGGCAGUGGAGGGGAGGGGAAGGGGGAGGGAUAG